ACACAUGCAUACAUUACUACAGUAGGAUUUGUGAAAUAGGUCACUUUAUAUAUGUGUUAUAAUAGCCUUGAACAAGCAGUGAAAGGCAGACUUUGUGUUUUGUCAGUAGUAUCUUUUACACUUCUCGGACGCAGCAGUCACGCAUAUCGUCUUGCUCUCUAUUAAAUAGUAUACAAAACAUGAAAUUAUAUUCCGUUUCGGACGGUCCGCCGUCUCUCGCGUGUCGUCAGCUGUUGAAGGCUUUGGAUAUCGAGUACGAGUUGAUCGAUGUGGAUUAUGGAAAAGGCGAACAUAUGACUAAAGAGUACGAAGAGCUAAAUCCACAGAAGGAGAUACCUACUCUAGUCGAUCAUGAUCUUAUAAUGGGCGAAAGCAACGCUAUUUUACAAUAUUUAGCCGACCAGUAUGAUACGAGCGGUAAACUAUAUCCGAAGGAUCUAAAAUUGCGCGCGAUUGUCAAUCAUCGUCUGUGCUUCAAUUUGGCGCUUUAUUACCGCAAUAUUUCCGAAUACGUUAUGGCACCGAUAUUCUUCGAUUAUCAACGCACACCAUUGGGUUUGAAGAAAACGAAGAUGGCACUGGAUAUUUUCAACACGUAUUUGCAACGCGAAAAUUCCGCAUAUGCGGCAGAUAACUUAACGAUCGCCGAUUUUCCGCUGAUAACAGCGACGAUGUGUCUGGAGGCCAUUGACUUCAAGUUGGACGCGUGGCCUUACGUGGCGAAAUGGUACGAAAAUUUCAAACGGGAGCACCCUGAUCUUUGGGAAAUCGCGGCGGGCGGAAUGCGGGAGAUCAGUUACUUCGAAAAACAUCCGCCUGAUUUAUCCAGCAUGGAUCACCCGAUACAUCCGGUGCGCAAGAGCGCGUGAGGGAGUUUUCGCAGCAGAAUAUAAACAAAUAAUUAACACACAUAGACAUUUGUAGAUUCGCAGUUUUUCUACAUAUGAUAUGAAGAAAAUGAUGACAAUAAAAUAAGUGAUAUUUUUACUGAGAUUUAUUAUCGACAUAUAUACAUAUAUACGUCACAUUCGCUCGCAAUUCUCUUUCACGAUACUUUGUAUAUCAACAUUAAACUAGAAUUUAUAUCGCAAUACACUUUACGAUAAGUGUUAGAAUCACUGCGAUUACAACCUUCGCGUCGUGUAUUAAUUGUUUCGGGUAAUUGACAGUACAUAUAUGUACAAAUAAAACGAGUCUACGCGCAUUUAAAUUAAAUGUUGCACUUAUCGCAAAACUUAUAUACGCGAUACACCUGUUAUAAAUUAUGUACAAGAUGAUUAUAUCGAGUAGUGCAUAACACAAAUGAAGAUAAUUCACUCAUCAAUGAAAGAAUUCUAUGAAAAUUCUCUUAUGUGAUAACUAUAAAAAUAUUUUUACGAUUAAUAAUUUAAGAUUUUAUUUAUUUAAAAGUUCACAUAUGUAUAUCAUAGAUAUAUUGUUAUUUGAGUUCUCGACUUUUGAAGUUUCAUUGUGAACACAGAUUCUGGAGAAACAAUUCAUCACGAACCUUAAUAAUCGUCAACUUUAUUCAAGUAAAAUUUAAGAUAAUAUGUAUGUGACAACGAUAUAUAUAUUGUAAAUUGAGCUGCCAUUACCUUACCUCCCCCCCCUCCCUCAAAAAUCUUGUUUGCGUAUUAAAUAUUCCUCUUCUUACAGAUUACAAUCAAUCACAAAUUUCGAGACCAUCGUUCACUGGAACACUAUGGUAGAAUAGGUUUAAAAUUUAUUACUCGAGUUAGAAUUUUAUAUAUAUUGAUAAAACUACUAUAUUAACCCUGUAAUAUUACGCUAACACCAUGGGGGGGUAUAAGGGUUUUAUUCUGAGUCGUUGUAAAUACGACGUUUUGUAACAAAACGUGCGCGUUAAUUCUCGUUACAAUAUAAACACUUUUACUA